CAAUGUUGCAGCGAGGCUGCUCGUUGUGAGAGGAGAGAGUUUCUACAUAGUGUCAGUUGAAGAAUGAGGAAACGCUUCAGGUGAAUACGUGGAACUACGCAGCAAAGUAUCAAGAACAACUUGGAUUAUUUUACUUUAAGUUGCUUCAGUUAUGAGUUACUGUCAGGAUCAGAGUGGUCCUGAUCAUCUCCAUGGAUUUAUCUUUACAAAGUGUCUUCUCCACAGGAAGAACAUCAGCUUCAGAGCCCAGCGGUGAUGUUGGCCAUGCAGCACUGCAACUCCUCAGGCAUUAUCGCCCCCUCUCCCCUCACUAACCACACCACCAUGGUGCAGGAGCCUGAGGUGGAGCUCGUUGCACAUAAUGUCACCCGUCCACUGAGCAAUCCCACAGCUGCGGGCCUCACCAUGACUCUGGGGAUCCUGUUCAAUGUGGUGGCCCUCAUCAUUCUCGCCAAGGCGUACAACCGCUUCCGGCGGCGGUCAAAGGCCACUUUUCUGCUCUUCGCCAGCUCCUUGGUGGCAACUGAUCUGGUUGGACAUGUUAUCGCUGGAGCCCUCGUACUAAAUAAAUACUCAGUAGGCACUGGGUCCACAGCUGAUGCCGUCUCCAGCUUUCAGGGUGAUCCUGCGGAUCCGGAUGCGUCUUGUCUGUUUCUGGGAGGCUGCAUGGUGUUCUUCGGCCUGUGCCCUCUCUUCCUGGGCUGUGCCAUGGCUAUUGAGCGCUGCUUGGGCGUCACCAGGCCUUUGCUGCACGCUCGUCUGGUGACCACAGCACGGACGAAGAUGGCACUGGCCCUGAUCUGGCUGCUGGCCUUAUGUGUGGCCCUUCUGCCCUUUUUCAGCCUGGGCGCCUACACACGGCAGUACCCGGGGACGUGGUGCUUUAUUAAAGUGAUGGAGGGCACCAAAGCAACAGAUCUUGCCUUCGUGAUGCUGUUCUCUGGACUGGCUUUGAGCUCUCUGUCCUUGGCCUUUGUGUGCAACACCAUCAGUGGGAUCACGCUGGUGAAAGCGCGGCUAAAGAAAAGGUCGUGCUCCCAGCGCUGCUCAGCCAGGUCCCAUGACACUGAGAUGGUAGUCCAGCUGGUUGGCAUCAUGGUGACCUCCUGCAUCUGCUGGAGCCCUCUGCUGGUCUUUGGACUGAUAUCAGCCACGCGCUCCUACAGUGGCUUCCUGGACACUGAGAGAGACACUUAUAGGCGCCUGAUGAUGACAGGAGUCAGGAUGGCGACCUGUAACCAGAUCCUGGACCCGUGGGUCUACAUCCUGCUGCGGCGCGCCAUCCUCAGGAAGAUCUACCGCAUCACAAAAAGACAGGCCAGUUUCAAGGGGAGCAUGUUCCGCUCGGUUCGCUGGGACCUCAGCUCCUUCCAGAACUCAGAGAAAAGCAGUGUUAAUAAGAUUUAAAUGGACUACUGCAGGAAGAAAGGGGACGCGUCAUCUAUCACGUUUAAGGGCUGUUUCUUCCCAGCGGGAUCAACACAGAGCCCAGCAGUCCAUCAUCUGGAUCCAAAUUAAGUGUUUAAAGGUCUCAAUGAAAAGAGAUGACUCUCUUGGCUGCUGGGAAUGAGAGCCACCCUGGUUCAUGAGUAUGAAGGUUAUGUGUCAGGAUCCAAAGGGGUUACAAAAUGGAGCAUGUUCCAUGUUUGAAUUAUCACUGACCAGCUAAUGACAACUACAGUAUGAGCCAGUGUUAAAAGCCCCAACACGUAUAUAAAUAGUGUUUAUCAGAGUGGAACAUGGCCCAUAUAUGUCCAGGACAUGUUUGCAUGGCGGUCUGUCCUCUGUGAGAGCAGAUGUAAAUAAAAUGUUUUGUUAGUUGGAGUAUAAUGUGUUAACUUUUGCUGAAGUGAAGACUGUAUCCAGUCUUAAAGGGUAACUUUGAUAUUUUUCAACCUGGACCCUGUUUUCUGACAUUUAUGUGUCUAAGUGAUUAAUUUGAACAACAGUUCUUUUAAAUGAUCCAGUAUUUAGCGAGAGCGCUGCAGCCAGCAGUGGCGAAACAGGCUGCAAUGUGACCAUUCAAGCAUGUUCACACCUUUGAUUUACGUCCACUAGAAGUGCUUGUUUUUGUCACUGACAGGCUCAGAUUGUUGUUAUAAGUGUCUGACAACAUUUGGAAAGGAUCCCUACAGAGACAGACUUCUUUGUUAAAGAGAAAUAUCAUUUUUGUUUACUCAGAAACAGCCCCAAAAUUGCUGCCAUCAAACCCACCAGACUCCAAAAAAAACAAAUAGUACUUUUAUCAUUAUGAAACACACUUCACUCAAAGUCGACAGAAACAACGUAAAACUCACAAAAAAGAUCUUGCUUGAUCUUUCCACAGUUCAAACAAUCACCAACCAACUUACUGGUUGAAAUCAACCCUUAAAUCACCUAGUUAGAUGUAAAAACAGCCCCUGACAUCGCCAUCGCCAAACCCACCAGACUCCAUUUAAAUAAACAGCAAUUUUAUCAUCGUAAAACACACUUGACUCAAAGUCGACAGAAACAACGUAAAACUCACAAACUAUUUGUUUCGUCUUCCCACUGUCCAAACAACCAUUAACCAACUUACUGGUUAAAAUAAACACCCAGUAAAAUCACCCAGUUAGUUGUAAAAACAGCUCAGACAUUGCCAACAACAAACCAACCAGACUCCAUUUAAAAAAACAGUGUUUAUAGCUUGUAUAGAGUGAUUGCCCCAGUAUGUGUGAACUUUAAAGUGACCGGGUGAAGUAAGAGUUUAUUUAAACCAAACCACAGUUGGUGAUUGUUGUGACAGUGAAAAGAGGAACCAUGACGACUUUUGUGAGAUUUAUUUUGCCUCCUUCGACAUUGAACGAAGUGUGUUUUACAAUUAUAAAAUUAUUAUUUAUUUAAAUGGAGACCGGUGGGGUUAGCGAUAGCAAUUUCGGAGCUGUUUCUAGUAAAACAAAAAGAUAAACCGUUAUUUAAUCAGGUAAGUCACAUUGAGAUCAAGCACUUUAAUUGGACAUAAAUCGAUGGUGCCAAAUACCCAGAGUGGUUCCAUUGCAGCCUGUUUGACUGCUGCUGCUACAAAAUUUCUCUCAACAUGGGACCAGUUUCAAACAUUGUUGUUCCGAUUACUCACUAAAACACAACGUGUGUAAAAACGAAUCCAGGUUGAAAAAUCCCAAAGUUUGUCCUUUAAAGCAAACAUCUCAACCCAAAGGUUUCGUUCAUUUAAUUUUCCGACACAGUGUAAAAGUCCAUGACUUGUAUAAAUGCUCACAUAAGAGAGCCAAAGAAAAGGCUGUGCUUUUACCUCAGCUUGAAGAUGUGAAAAACACCAUGUGUGUGUGUGUGUCCAGUGCUGUGGCAUGAAUGUGAAUGUGUGUCUGUUAUUGUGUGUUUGUAAAUGUAUCUGCAGUAUUUUCCCCCCAUGUGUGUCUGGGGACUGAAGUGAAGCUACAUGUUGCUAAAGCUAAUUGAAUGUAAUAUUGUUAUCAAAAGGGAAUGUAAGAUUUGGUAAUAAAUGGUUACCUGUUA